AUGACAUCGGCAGCUGUUCAGAUUUCGGGUGGCCACGGGUCUCUCCCGGCAGAUAAACCAACCGUUCCUCUCUUCGAAAAGCCGCAUCACGUUCAGACAACCCUCAACUUCUUUAAAGAAAACGAAGACGGAUCCCCUCCCCUUCCGACCUAUGUCAGCAAGCCUGAGACCUAUGAAAGGGAAGCUGUGGCGCUCCCCACCAUCAUUCAUGAUGUUAGCGGUCAUGAGCUGGACUAUACCCUCGACGCUCAGGGAUUUCAAAUCUACUACCAUGAAAGCAAGGAGAAAGAUUUCCUGGAUGACGAACAGAUAAAGCAGGAAUACUACCCAGAAACAGAAAAACUGCUCAAGGAUGCCACCGGAGCUUCCAGAGUAUUCAUCUUCGACCACACAAUCCGCCGAGGAUCGGGCAGUUCCAAAGUCCGUGGCCCCGUCCAACGUGUACACAUCGACCAGUCCUACCAGGCCGCCGAGAACCGCGUUUCCUAUCACCUGCCAGAAGACGCUGCCGAGCUUUCCAAAGGCCGGUAUCAGAUCAUCAACGUCUGGCGUCCUAUCCGAACUAUAUUGAAAGAACCACUCGCUGUCGCAGAUGCCCACAGUGUGCCAGAUAGUGAUCUAGUCCCCAUCAAGCUCAUUUACCCCGAUCGCGAAGGAGAGACUUAUGCUGUGAAGCCUGACCCGGAUAUCAAGUGGUAUUAUCGUUAUAGCCAAACGCCUGAUUUGGUGACUUUGAUCAAGUGCUUUGAUUCCAAGACGGAUGGUAGAGCGAGACGUGUUCCUCAUUCGGCGUUUGUGAAUCCCGAUACUGAGAAUCAGGCUGGAAGGGAGAGUAUUGAGGUUCGGGCUUUAGUCUUUCACCCUGAUGACCGCGACUGA